ACAUAAAAUACCAUUUUGUAAGAAAGAAAAAAAAAAUAAUUUACAAACUAGUUAUGUGGUGGAACUUCCUUCACAUGGGUCCACGUUGCCUCUUUCCUAACUUUUGCUUAUUUGCAAUGUAUUUCCAAUCUUCUACGACAUUAUUAUCAUUUUUUUUAAUAAUAAAAAUCACUAAAAAGUCAUAAUAAAGUAAUUAUGGUUGAUAUGGAAACAAUUUGGGUUAUACUUAUUCAGAUAAUGAAUACAUAAUAAUCCUUUGUUAUAUAAAAAAAAUGAAUUCAUUCUCUGCUCUGUUUCAGUAAGUUUUUCAGGGGACCCCAGGUUUUGUCUUUCUCCAACCGCCAUUCAAAACAUCUGAAAUCCCGGAUUACCAAAACAAAAACGACGUCGUUUCGUACCUUUUUCCACCUUUAAAUUUUAAUACUGUUCUUAUUCAAUAUCAAUUACUAUAUUUCUUUGUUUGAUGAGAUCGUGCCAGCCACCUUGAGAAGCCUAAAAAGAGAAAAAUUCAAAGAAAAAAAAGCUAGUCAUUUCAUAUAAUAUAUAUAUAUACAUAAUUCAGUUUCGUACCCUUUAUCUCAUUCCUUAUUCUCCUUUUCAUGAAUCUUUAAAUUUGUGGGGUUUUUUUUUUCGUUCUUGUGGUGGUGGGGUGAGGAAGAAAUGGCAGCCAAAAUUGGGUCUUUCAGGCAUAGUUUUGCCGAGAAAAGCAAAGAAAGAUUACUCUCUAGAAAGGGUUACUCGGACUUUGGCGCUUACAGCAUGAAUGGUGGCGAAGAAAGAGUCAAGUGUGGGUGCUUUCGAUUCAUGUCCGAUGGAUUUGUCAACUUUUGGAGUUACUUACACAACAUGUUUGUUCAAUUAUAUGAAAUGGGUCGCUCUGAUCCUCGCAAAGUCGUCUUCGCUACUAAGAUGGGCUUAUCAUUAUCAAUUGUUUCACUGCUUAUCUUUUUCAGAGAGCCCCUUAAGAGCGCUGGCCAAUACUCCAUCUGGGCAAUCCUUACAGUCGUCGUCGUUUUCGAAUUCAGCGUAGGGGCAACUCUUAGCAAAGGAUUUAAUCGUGCUUUGGGAACAUUCUCGGCUGGAGGGCUUGCUUUGGGUAUUGCAGAAGUAUCUGUUUUAGCAGGGAGAUUCGAGGAAGUUAUCAUAGUAAUCAGUAUUUUCAUAGCUGGAUUUUCUGCUAGCUAUAUCAAACUGUACCCAACAAUGAAAACUUACGAAUAUGGAUUUCGUGUGUUCUUGUUGACAUACUGUAUCGUCUUGGUUUCUGGGAGUAAAUCCUUUUUCCAAACGGCAUUUUAUCGGUUACUGCUUAUUGCAGUAGGUGCUUGUAUAUGUUUGGUUGUAAAUAUAUUUAUAUACCCCAUUUGGUCAGGGGAGGAUCUACAUAAGUUGGUGGUCAAAAAUUUUAAGGAAGUUGCUGGCUCUUUGGAAGGUUGUGUAAAAAGGUAUUUGGAGUGUCUUGAAUAUGAGAGGAUCCCUUCAAAAAUUCUUACAUACCAAGCUUCUGAUGAUCCAUUAUACAGCGGCUAUAGAACUGCUGUUCAGUCUUCAAGCCGAGAAGAAUCUCUGUUGGACUUUGCAAUAUGGGAGCCGCCCCAUGGCCCUUAUAAGACUUUCAACUAUCCAUGGUCUAGCUAUGUCAAAGUCAGUGGUGCACUAAGGCAUUGUGCGUUCAUGGUAAUGGCAAUGCAUGGAUGUAUACUCUCAGAAAUUCAGGCACCAGCAGAAAAGAGACAGGUUUUCCGAAGCGAGCUUCAAAGAGUUGGUACUGCUGGAGCAAAAGUGUUGCGUGAGCUUGGGAGCAAAGUAGAAAAGAUGGAGAAAUUAAGUCCCACGGACAUACUUUUUGAAGUUCAUGAAGCAGCAGAAAAGUUACAAAUGAAGAUUGACCAAAACUCGUACAUUCUUGUCAAUUAUGAAAGCUGGCAAGGAGAAAAACGGCCAAAGGACUUCCCUGAUCCUGAGAGUUUCAUCGAUCCUAGAGAGAAUGAAAAUGCAAAUUUGGUGAUAACAUCUCUCAGUGAAACAUGGGACACCCAGAAUCCCAUCAUGGGCAUUGAUCGUUCCAUCUCAGAGAUGUCCACAGAUAAUGUGAAAAACCAAAAAUCAUGGCCACAGCUUUCAUUCAAUACCAGUAUCAUGAUUAAUGAACAUGAGUCAAAAGUGUAUGAAAGUGCCAGUUCCUUGUCUUUAGCAACAUUUUCUUCACUUCUAAUUGAGUUUGUUGCAAGACUUCAAAAUCUUGUGGAUGAAUUUGAAGAGCUUAGUGAGAAAGCUAACUUUAAGGAUCCCUUGAAACAAUCAGAUCCAAAAGAGGUUUCUGGGUUUUGGACUAGACUUUUAGGGCGCCUGCCAUUCAUGAAUCGAAAACCGGAUUCAGCUUUCUCAACAACUUCAGUUUGAUUCUAUGUUUGGACAUUCAUAAACAGUUAGUAAAGUUGAUAUACUAGCUUGCUGUUUGGUUAUUUUUGUAUUAAAGUAGAUGUAUAGAAGUAACUCAAGGAUGAGCCUAGCCAUUGGAGAGGAUGUGGGGAUCUUUCUUCAUUUUUUUCUAAUCUUAUGAUUAUGUGGAAAUCCAAGAGCCUCCAGAGGCAUAACUAUUUUAAAUGCCAAGAUGGUGGAAUAAAUCUCAUAUGGAGUAAAUGAGACUGCAAUGGACCCAAGAGGAUAAUCUUUCUAGGGGAUUUCAUUUACAACAUUGUUUGAAUUUUGUUUUGUUUGGUUUUUUAUUUUUUUUGGAUAUGUUGAGUGAAGACAUAGUUCAGAGUAAAAAGCCAAGCAGAAAAAGUGUAAAUGUCUUUGAUAUUUUUCCAACAAUUUAAUAAGCUUAAAGUUUUGGUGAUAAA